CAGCAAUUAUCCCCCUCUCCCCAACGACACGGAGGCGGCCAGACUGGUUGGUCGACCCGACCACUGGGUGACGCCUGUGGAUGAAACACGGAAGAGUUCAUUCAAGGAAUGAAUAUACCGUGGAGAAGCAGGCAGGAUAGAAACAGACGGAGCGCGUCGGGAUCCUUUAUAUUACGACAAAACUUCCUAAAGGAAAUUAUCCCAUGAAAACGAAACAAAUGUGUCUCCAUCUGCGCCUUCGUUGCGUUACUGUGGAUAACAUCUGAGAUGUCUGUAAAGAAGAAAGUUAAUGGAUUCUUUGUCGUUUGGUCUAUACUUUCCGCGGUCGGUGAAAAACUCGAUGACGGUUGUGGCCACUCCGUGCUGGGUCCAGAGAGCGGUGUCCUCUCCUCUAAGAGCUACCCGGGCACCUACCCCAACAAUACCUGGUGUGAGUGGAAGAUCCAGGUGCCAGAGGGCAACAGCCUAGUCAUCAGGUUCGGUGACCUCGACGUGGAGGCACGGGACUGCCAGUCGGACUACGUCAAGGUCCUCAAGGGGGGCUACGGGGGAGAACAUGUGUAUGGGACAUUCUGUGGCAGCCUGAAGUCCUACCCCAGAGAGAUGCACACAGACACCAAUGAGGUCAUCGUACAGUUCCGCAGCGGGCGUCACAUUUCCGGCCGAGGGUUUCUUCUCUCCUACUCCACCGGGGACAACAGAGAUCUGCUGACCUGUUUAGACAAAGGCAGUCACUUCUCCGACUUAAAGUACAGGAAGUACUGUCCGGCAGGAUGCAAAGCAGUGGCGGGCGACAUAUCCGGGGAUAUUUCCCAGGGUUACAGACAUACGUCUGUGCUGUGUAAGGCUGCGGUCCAUGCCGGGGUUAUCCUGGAUGAGUUAGGAGGCUGGGUAUCCGUGGAGACCCAAAAAGGCCUGAGUCACUACCCCGCCACCAGAGCCAAUGGGAUCCAGUCCAAAGACGGUUCUUUGUCCGAUGCUCUCUUCACGUUCGUCACUAAUGAAUGUAAGAACCAGUCAGUGCUGCGGACAGUAUCUGUGAGUGCCAGUUCAUGGUGGAAGAGGGCAGGGGAGAUGGGUCAUCAGUCUGACUGGGCGCCCAACAGCUCCCAGGCUGACCCAGGAUCAGGGAGCCGCUCCUGGGCUGCAGACCAGAACGACAGCCUGCAGUGGCUCCUGCUGGACCUGGGGGAGAAGAAGAGGAUCACAGGAAUUAUCACGACUGGCUCCACAAUGUUGGACUAUGACUACUAUGUGAUGAGCUUCGUGAUCGAUCACAAGGAGAGUCGUCGGUGGAGGACCUACACACAGAACAAUAGUACACAGUACAUGGUAUUUGAGGGGAACCAGGACAGUCUGCAUCAGACCAGGAACACCUUCCACCCUCCAAUCAUAGCCCGCUAUUUACGCAUUAUACCUCACACCUGGCACCAGAGGAUUGCCAUGACGGCAGAGCUGCUGGGCUGCAUCUAUGUCAGAGUGAACAUGUCAUCCCAGGUCACCCUGGAGACGGUACCCACCAAACCCAAGCCUCCGGUGGGGGACGAGGAGACCACUGAGCCGUUGCCCUCCCAGGCAGACCUAGUAAAGCUGGCCAUCAUCAUCGUACCCACAGUCUUCUCUGUGGUGCUCAUUGGGAUUUGUCUAUUCAAGAUGCUGCAGAAGAAGAAGACAAAAGAGAACUCGUACGGAUCUUCAGAUGCCCAGAAACCAGGUUGCUGGAAGCAGAUCAAGCAGCCGUUUGCCAGACACCAGUCCACAGAGUUCACCAUCAGCUACAGUUCAGAGAAAGACCCAAUACAGAAACUAGACCUGGUCACCAGCACCAUGGCAGAGUACCAGCAGCCUCUGAUGAUUGGGGUUGGCACAGUGGCCAGGAAGGGCUCUACGUUCCGGCCUAUGGACACGGAGACCAAAGAGGAUCCUAGCAACCCCUCCACCCACUACGACUACCUGCACACAGCCAACCAGUAUGCCCUGCCUCUCACCAACCAGGAGCCAGAGUACGCCACGCCCAUCAUCGAGCAUCAUACCUUCCACAAGGACGGGUUCCUACCCGACCCGGCUAGUUACAGCGUCCCAGGUGUGGUCCUCAGCAAGACCCCAUCCUUUAAAACCCUGGACAGGAAGGCAGGGGUGGGCUCCUCCGGGGGCUACCAGAUGCCCCAGCUCAAAAUAGACCGGGGACACAGUAACUCUGAGGGGGUCUAUGACAGCCCCAAGGUGAACAAGCCUGUGGGCCAGAGCAGUGGCCUCUCAGACUACCAGCCCCAGGCCAAGCCGGCCGUGCUGGAAACCUACUCCACCCCCAGGGACUGUGUGAGGGUGGCUCCCACCAUGGGCCACAGGCCGGACCAUAGACCAGACCCUGAGGGCAGUUCUGGAGGAACCUGAAGAUGGAACAUGUCUGGGACUACAGGACUAAACUGUCAAACUGUGAUUUUGAUCAGUUCAUGGCCAUUUUGGACUGAGCUUACUGUAGCAAACACAAGCGCUAAAUUAUUUCUCAACUGACUUUCAGGAAUGUGGGAGAUGACAGUGCUUGUAUCUGGGGCUGUGCUGGCAGACAUUUUGUGAAUAAGAAAAUACAGAUGGUUACUUCAACUGUCCUAUUUCUUUUAAGGGGUGGGGUGAUUUUAUUAAAAAGCAAAUGGUGAUGGAGACAGGAAAUAUCCUGAAAAUGGGAAAAUACCUCUCCUCAUUCUCAACUGUGACUGAUGCUUGUGACUGUAACAUACAUUAAGAAAUAAUGUGACUUCGUUCCUUAACUGUACAGUAUAUUUUGAGGUCACGAUAAAGCUUUCAGAAUCUCUCGGUCUGAGGUUAAGCUGCUUUCAGCAGGGAAGCAUAGAGGAAGCAGAGUGCUUUAUUAAAUAAAGCAGCACCCCAGUUGAAAGUGGUAGAUUUGUCCCCAGCGGGUCCUACUAUAGGAUGUUUAACAAAGUCAGUCCGUGCUCUUAACAAAGAAUUGUAAGUACACACUGUGAAUGAAGUGACUGAAAGGACUGGUGUCACCGCAUGGGGUCCCCCACAAUGGGGGCUUUGUCACAAUGUUGCAGGGGGCUCUGAAGCCGACUGCUGCAUCGCUGCUCUGUGUCAGUCUGGAGGCAGAUCUGGUCAGUGGGAUCAGCGAGCCAAUGAAAAGGCAACAGGAGAGUGUUUACAGUUAGUCUGGCGUAUUGAGAAACGCCCGGCAGGGGAUUUAGAGGAGUAAACUGGACUGAAACACAUCACAGAGCUGUGUUUUUUCAGAUGCUCUGUUUAGCUGGACAUGGUGAACUACUAUACAGGCCAGUUCCAUUUAAAUGGAUGUUGAAUACAAAGCCAUGUUGAAUGGUACCAAUACUACAGUCUAGUCGAUUGUGUAUAGGUGUGUACAUACAAGGGCAUAGUUUGAAAAUGUAUAUUGCCAAGAGGAAAGAAAAAAGAAAUGGAAUAAAUGCUGUCGACUGUAUUUAAAGCACCUGUGCGUGUGGUGUUGCUGCUGUGUACUGAAGACAGAACUUGGGAUCGAGCUAAGAACUCUUUCAUUUCUGUGAAAUAUUUUUGGGAGAUCUUUUCAGCUGGGUUGUAGUAUGUACAUGUACUGCGAGAAGUAAUUCUCUACAGACUCGCUGUGGUGUCACUCUUUUCAAAACGUUCUGUAUGUCUACUGCAUGUUGGUUGUAAGCUGAGCCCUGAAUAAAAACACCAGCAGUUGA